CAAAAACCUUAAGAGAACUUGAAACCCAUUUUGAAUAAUGGGUCUGAGAAUUGGGCCCACGUAGUUUGAUUUCCCAAUUUCCAUAUGAUAUCAUUUCACGACUCCUGAGAGUGAGAGCUAGCUGAGAAGAAGCAGCGAUGGCAAUAGCAAGUGCACGCUGAUUGUAUUGAUAUGUCCUCUCACGAUUUACACCUAAAUUGAGAAAGAAAGGAUAAACAGUAGUGCAAUUGUUCUCGCAUCGCCCAAAAUGCAUACACUCAUCAGGUGUCAACGCCGCAUAAUCAACAAAACUCGGCUCUCCUUUCAAUCCCACCACUCUUCUCACACCUCUCCACAGAUUGAAGCCGCAGCUGCUGAAAUCUGCAAGAUUCUCAAGCACAACAACUGGCAAUUUCUGUUGGAAUCGUCGCAUUUGCCACAAGACUUGAAUCCAGAGGUGGUCCAUUCGGUGCUGCAAAAAAGCCAUUUUUCGCUUAAUCCGCGGCGCCUUAUUGAUUUCUUCGACUGGUCGAAUCGCCAUCUGGGUACUGCUCAGAAACUCCAUUCUUAUUCGCUUCUUGCAUUGAUUUUGUGUAGUUCCAAUCUUUAUGGACCUGCCAUAACUGUGCUCACCAAAGUGGCCGAGGCCCGGGUUCCUGCGUCCGAUAUCCUUGACUCGAUUCUGAAACUUUGCAAUGAAUCUGAAAGGUUUAGAUCGAGGGGGAUAGUGUUUGAAUUGUUGAUAGAUGUUUAUAGGAAAAAGGGCAUGUGGAAUGAAGCUCUUGCUGUGUUUUUGGGCGUUAAGGGCCAUAGUUUUGGGAUCAGUUUGUUGUGUUGUAAUUCUCUGUUGAAGGAUUUGUUGAGGUGUGGGAGAAUGGAGUCGUUUUGGAAGGUUUAUGGGGGAAUGUUGGAUAUGAGAAUUAGUUUAGAUGUUUAUACAUAUGUGAGUGUUAUUACGGCUCACUGCAAGGUUGGGAAUCUAAGAGAGGCUAAAAGGGUUCUUACAGAGAUGGAAGAGAAUGGCUGUAAUCCGAACUUGAUUGCUUAUAACAUCGUUAUCAAAGGGUUAUGCAGAAGUGGUGCCAUUGAUGAUGCCUUGCAGCUGAAGAUGGCAAUGGCUGAGAAGGGGUUGGCUCCUGAUCAAUAUACUUUCUCAGUAUUUAUUGACGGGUUUUGCCAGCACAAGAGAGCUUCUGAGGCAAAGUUAAUUUUGGAAGAGAUGUAUGAGAAAGGCUUAAACCCUGAUCAUAUUGCUUACACAGCCGUGAUUAAUGGGUUCAUGAAAGAGUGUGCUGUGGAUGAGGCCUUUCGGAUCAAGGAUCUAAUGGUUUCACGAGGCAUUAAGUUGAAUUUGUUAACUUAUAAUGCUAUUAUACAUGGUCUUUGCAACAUCGGUAACAUGGAGAAGGCAGAAAGUCUAGUACAUGAGAUGAUUAAAUUAGGAAUAAACCCUGAAACUCAGACAUACAAUUAUCUGAUUUACGGGCAUAGUCGAGAGCGUAAUAUGGAGAAGGUCUCGAAAGUUCUGGUUUGGAUGAAUGAAAGAAACUUGGCACCUUCAACAUACACCUUUAAUGCUAUAAUAGAUGAAUUAAGUCACACAGGACAUCUUGAACAAGCCCAUUUUUUAUUGAGCAAUAUAACUGAAAGAGGUAUCACGCCUAAUAUUGUUAGUUACACUACCAUUAUGAAAGGUUACAUGAAAGAAGGUAAAUAUGAAGAGGGAAUGAGGAUUUUGGAUGAUAUGUGGCAGAAAGGCAUUGCUCCUGAUGUUUCCUGCUAUGAUUCUAUAAUUAGUGGUCUUAGCAAAGCCAAAAGGAUGGAUGAGGCACAGACUUGUCUCAUUGCAAUGGGGAAGAAGGGAGUGAAACCAAAUGCCUAUACAUUUGGGGCAUUGAUUUCAGGAUACACAGAGAUUGGUGAGAUGGAGAUUGCAAAAAGAUACUUUUUGGAAAUGCUCGAUCAAGGUAUCGCUCCUGAUCUUCAUAAUUAUACAUCUGUGAUUGAUGGCCUCUGCAGAAAUGGGGGCAUAGAACAAGCUUUUUCCAUAUUUAAUAUUAUGCUGGAACGACGUCUACUUCCAGAUAUGCACAUUUACAGUGUGCUUAUAAUUGGCCUUUCAAAGAAUGGGAAAUUGGUAGAAGCAAUGAGAAUCUUCUCCUGCUUCUGUGAUAAGGGGUCGGUCCCUGAUGCUUAUGUUUACACUUCUCUCAUUUCUGGUUUUUGUAAGCAAGGUGAUAUGCCGAAGGCUUUCAGUCUUUGCAAUGAGAUGUCUCAAAAAGGUAUAACUCCUAACAUAGUCACUUAUAAUGCCUUGAUAUCCGGGCUGUUUAGAUCAGGUGAUGUAGAGAGAGCCAAGGAACUAUUUGCUGGACUGCCUGGUAAUGGUUUGACACCAAACAAAGUUACAUAUGCUACAAUGAUUGACGGGUGCUGCAAGUCUGCGGAUUUAAAUGAAGCAUUUCGUUUGUUUGAAAAGAUGCAACUUAAGGCUGUUCCAGCUGAUGGGUUUGUUUACAAUUCUCUUCUCAAUGGAUGUUGCAAAAAUGGUGAUACGCAAAAGGCAUUGUCUCUAUUUAAUGAAAUGAAAGAGAGGGGGAUAGCAUCCAUACUUACAUUCAACACAAUGAUUGAUGGUUUUUGUAAGUCAGGAGAUUUGACCAAAGCAGUUGAGUUGAUUGAAGAUAUGGUUGACAAGAAAAUCAUGCCUAAUCAUGUGACCUUCACAAUUAUAAUCAGUCACUACAGCAAGAUGGGUGAUAUGGAAAAAGCAGAGGAGCUGCUUUCAGAGAUGGGAAAGAGGAAUAUACUGCCGACAAAUCUAACAUACACUUCCCUUUUGCAUGGUUACAGAAAAAUAGGGGACUGGUCCAAGAUGUUAGUUUUAUUUGAGGACUUGGUGGCAAAGGGUAUUGAGCCUGAUGAAGUGGUGUACAAACUGAUGAUUGAUGCAUUCUGUGAAGGUGGGAAUUUGGAUAAAGCGCUAAAGGACUGGAAUGAACUUUUGGGCAAUGGUGUAUUAAAAGGAAAGGUUAGUGAAAUACUGAUAGGAGCAUGGUGUGGAGAUGGAGAUAUAUCCGCAGUACGAGCAUUACUUGCAAAAAUGAGCGAGCAAGGGUAUAAGCCUAGUGUUACUACAUGCAGUAUCUUGGCCUAUGGUUUGCAAAGAGUAGGAUACAAAGAAGAACUGCAUGAAGUUAUUGAUGCUAUGGUGAGCUAUGGCUGGGUUCCUCCAUCAAUGAGUUUAAUUGACUUGGUCAACCAAUAUCAACGACAAGAUAUCCUAAGUGAUCAUCCCGUGCAACAAGCAUCUGGCGUGGCUUGUCAGAUUUAAUCCUAAUUGAGAUGAUAAAGACUUUUCAACAUUUUUACCAUCAGUGCUUCAUGAAGCAUCUGAUGUCGUUCUCACCAGAUUGUUAUGGAGUAUUCAUCACUUUUCUUCCAGAGGCCCUCAUAUGGCAAAAUUUGCAAUUGUACUGAGAAAAAUUGGAAUGUACAAGGCAACUCUUCGAUCAGAGAUGGAGCUUGUGCUGAAUGACAAACUCAUGCACUUCGCUAAUGUUGAUGUUCAAGACAUUAAGAGGCGCGCCGGACUUGGGCUCUGUGAUAUUGUUGCUCAUAUUUUUAAGCAACAAGUAUAUCUUCCAUCUCGCGAGUAGUGGAAUGUGUCUACUUUUAGGAGUCGUUCAGUUUGUUGGAGGCGUCAAGCUAUUGGCGCUGAGGAAACAAAUAUACCAUUUGUCAAUUGACACGCUGUAUUGAGUUUAUUUAAAUCGUCUGUUUUUGUGUA